AUGGGGAGUGCGACGGUCGUGCUUAGCGUCUUCCUCAUCGCGCUCUUCAUUGCUAGUCAGUUGCAGUUCUCCCUCGCAGGCCGUGCCAUCCCUGGCAGCCCUGGUAGCAAGGGCAACGAGGCAGCAAAGAACGGCAAGGGCAGCCGCAAGGGCAGCGAGGCAGCAAACAAUGGCAAGGGCAGCGAUGCUGCAAAUAAUGGAAAGGGCAGCGAGGAACCAAAUAAUGGCAUGGGCAGCAAUGCUGCAAAGAAUGUCAAGGGCAUCGGCAAGGGCAUCGAUGCAGCAAAGAACGGCAAGGGCAGCGAGGCAACAAACAAUGGCAAGGGCAGCGAGGCAACAAACAAUGGCAAGGGCAGCGGCAAGGGCAACGGCGUGAGCAUCGUCAAGGGCAGCGGCAAGGGCAACGGCGUGAGCAUCGUCAAGGGCAUCGGCAAGGGCAUCAGCAAGGGCAUCGGCAAGGGCAUCGAUGCAGCAAAGAACGUCAAGGGCAGUGAGGCAACAAACAAUGGCAAGGGCAGCGAGGCAACAAACAAUGGCAAGGGCAGCGGCAAGGGCAGCGGCAAGGGCAGCGGCGUUGGCAACAGCAAGGCCAUCCACAAGGGCAUCGGCAGGGGUAAUGGCAAGGGCUCUGUGUCCCCAGUCAACCCAGGCACCUCUGAGACCACAGUCAACCUAGACACCCCUGUGAGCCAAGUCAACGCAGACACCUCUGAGACCACAGUCAACGCAGACACCUCUGAGACCACUGUCAACGCAGACACCUCUGAGACCACAGUCAACGCAGACACCUCUGAGACCACAGUCAACGCAGACACCUCUGAGACCACAGUCAACGCAGACACCUCUGAGACCGCAGUCAACCCAGACACCCCUGAGACCCCAGUCAACCCAGGCACCCCUGAGACCCCGGUCAAGCCAGACACCCCUGAGACCCCAGUCAACCCAGACACCCCUGAGUCCCCAGUCAACCCAGACACCCCUCUGACCCCAGUCAACCCAGACACCCGUGAGACCCCAGUCAACCCAGACACCCGUAAGACCCCAGUCAACCCAGAAACCCCUGAGACCCCAGUCAGCCCAGUCGCCCCUGAGACCCCAGUCAACCCAGUCGCCCCUCUGACCCCAGUCAACCCAGACACCCCUGAGACCCCAGUCAACCCAGACACCCGUAAGACCCCAGUCAACCCAGAAACCCCUGAGACCCCAGUCAACCCAGACACCCCUGAGACCCCAGUCAACCCAGACACCCCUCUGACUCCAGUCAACCCAGACACCCGUGAGACCCCGGUCAACCCAGACACCCGUAAGACCCCAGUCAACCCAGAAACCCCUGAGACCCCAGUCAACCCAGACACCCCUGAGACCCCAGUCAACCCAGACACCCCUGAGACCCCAGUCAACCCAGACACCCCUGAGACCCCAGUCAACCCAGACACCCCUGAGACCCCAGUCAACCCAGACACCCCUCUGACUCCAGUCAACCCAGACACCCCUGAGACCCCAGUCAACCCAGACACUCCUGAGACAGUCAACCCAGACACCCCUGAGACCCCAGUCAACCCAGACACCCCUGAGACCCCAGUCAACCCAGACACCCCUGAGACCCCAGUCAACCCAGACACCCCUGAGACCCCAGUCAACCCAGACACCCCUGAGACCCCAGUCAACCCAGACACCCCUGAGACCACAGUCAACCCAGACACCCCUGAGACCCCAGUCAACCCAGACACCCCUCUGACUCCAGUCAACCCAGACACCCUUGAGACCCCAGUCAACCCAGACACCCGUAAGACCCCAGUCAACCCAGAAACCCCUGAGACCCCAGUCAACCCAGACACCCCUGAGACCCCAGUCAACUCAGACGCCCCUCUGACCCCAGUCAACCCAAACACCCAUGAGACCCCAGUCAACCCAGACACCCUUGAGACCCCAGUCAACUCAGACGCCCCUCUGACCCCAGUCACCCCUGUCAUCCCAAAGGAGUAA